AUGCAGAACCGGCGCGACAUUAGCCGCGUGCGCACGGAGCUUCCGCACGCGCUCCCCCUCGCGCUCGACCCCUGCCGCCUCGUGCUCUCCUGCUUGGACUCCUACAAACCCAAGGCCGUCGAAGCGCCGGCGGCCGGCAAGGAUAAGCGGCGCGAGCCCGUCGAGCCCACCCACGUGCGCGCCGUUUCCCUCCUCGUGGAAACCCUAGGGCAGGUUCUGGCCAAGCAGGCCAAGGCGGAGGGGGUUUCCGUCCCCGUUAUUGCGCCCUCGAUACAGGAGAAGGCGCGGGGGAUUUUGGACGGGUGGGUGAGGAGCGGGGGGCCGCUGAGCAAGGCGGAGGAAGCUUCGUCGCUGGACGCGUGGCUGGUGCUUCAGGUGGCGGCGGUGUUUGGCGUGGCGCGGCAGGUGGACGAAGACGCGCUGCUAGGGUUUGUGGCGGCGUCCGCGCGGCGCAAGCAGACGGCCGACAUGGUGAAGGCCAUGGGGAUCGUGGACAAGAUGCCAGUCGUGGUUGAGCGGCUGGUGAAGGAGGGGCGGGAGGUGGACGCCAUCUACCUGGCGCAUGGCGUUGACCUGCUUGACUCUGUUGACCCCGUUGACCUGCUCAAGCGCAACCUCAGGGAGAUCCGCACGCUUGUGUCCGCCAUGACCAAGAAGGAUAAGUCGCUGCAGACUGAGAACGAGGCCACCUCACGUGAGAUCAGCAUGGUGCGGGCGCUCAUCCGCUGUGUGGACGACUGCAGUCUCAAGCCGCGCUUCUCCACGGACCACCUCACCAAGCGCAUCGAGCAGCUCGAGAAGAACCGCCAGCUGCGCAAGCAGCAGCAGGCUGCAGAGCACUCACUCACUCCCUGUCACACCCCUGCCUUCUGUCGCCCCUCCUUUCUCUCCCCCCUCCCGGCUCCCCCUCCCCCUACCCCUCCCUCUCCCCCUUCAGAACGAGGCGACAUCACGGGAAAUCAGCAUGGGGUGGUGGAGUGUCCUCGUCUCCCCGCUCGUAUGGCCGGUCUCGGCCCGGAGCAGCAUCACCGGGACGAGCAGGCGCAGGAGGCGGAGGAGGAGGAGGUGGUGGGGGGGGGGGGGGGAGGAGGAAGCAGCAGAUACGACCCGCCUCCUCCUAGGUACAGCGGGGGAGGAGGGGGAGGGGGCGGAUACGCAGGCAGGCAGGAUCAAGUGCAGGUGCAGGUGCAGGGGCAGGGGCAAGCAGCGUAUUCUCUUGGAGGGGCAGGUAUGGCUGGGGGAGGUGCCAUCUAUGCGACAGCUGGAGGGGGCCCAGGCAGCCUGGGGCAGGAGGUGGUAUAUGGGGUUGGAACCAUGGGGUCAGGUCUUGCCUCACCAGGCGUGGGGGCAGGGCUAGGGGGAGGGUUGUAUGCCGCCGGGGGAGUGGGGAGCUUGGGGAGUGGUCUGGGGGGGACGGUGACGUAUGUGACUGAUGCGGGGGCUGGGCCGCAGCUGCUGGUGCAGAGGGGGAUGUAUGGAGGGGAGGUGGGGGCGGCGGGUACCACGGUGUAUUAUGCGGUUCAGGGCGACCAAGGGCAGGGGGGUGGGGGUGGGGGAGUGGGAGGUGGGGUGGGGGGAGCGCAGGUCAGUGCAGGACAAGCGACGUAUGACUAUCAGACUGGGUCGUAUGUUGGAGGGGGUUACCAGGGGGGUUAUGGUAGGUGA